AUUGAGAAAGAAUAUAAUUUCAUUUCGUAAUAUACAAAAGUCGGUCGUGUUUCAGCAUGGCGUUUCGAAAAAUAUGUGUAGUGAUAUUAUUAUCCUGUUUCCUUACAGUGCAGAGUGCAUCAAUUCUUGCAUUAUUCUCCUCACUAUCAUUUCCUGAUCACUUAGUGUUCCGAGGAUAUAUAUCUCUUCUCGUCCAACGCGGUCAUUCUGUUGUCCUGAUGACUCCGUAUCCUGGCCAAUUUACUCCACAAGAAAUGGAAAGAAUAAUAGAACUUAAUGUUGCACCUGAUUCAGUGCCUUAUUAUGAGGAAUACAGAAAACUGAUGACAAAUACUGAUGACUAUUAUCCACGUUUGCAAAGCAUGAAUGAUUUUGCAUUGAAGUUGGCCAUAGCUCAGCUGAAAUCAAAAACUAUGUCUUCAUUAUUUAUGAAUCCAAAUGCUAAAUUUGAUCUGGUUAUAACAGAAGCAGACAUUCCCCUUUUGUACGCAGUGGCUGAGAAAUAUAAAACACCACAUGUUUCCAUAACAGCUGGAAGUGGAAAAGUUCAUCAAUACGAGUCAAAGGGAUGCCCAAUCCAUCCUAUAUUGUACCCAGAUGUUAACGCUCUCAACUAUAGAAAUUUGACACGUGUGCAGAAAAUUUUCGAAUACUAUCGAAGUUUUCAAACUCGAAAUGAAUACUACUAUAAUUUUAUUCCGAAAUGCGAAGUCGCAGCAAAGAAACUUUUUGGGCUGAACAGACCGCUCCAAGAAGUAGAGUAUGAUAUAGAUAUUUUGUUGAUAGCAAACAAUCCCGUUUUAAUGGGUAAUAGACCAACUGUGCCAGCCAUUUCCUACGUUGAUCGUCUUCAUAUUAGGCCAGGUUUCCAAUUACAUCAGGAGUUACAAACGAUAUUAGAUUCUUCAAAGGGAGCAAUUUAUUUCAGUCUUGGUACACUUCAAGAACCAGAACACUUGUCAACACACGUGCUGCAGAGUUUGUCAGACGCUUUCCGAGAAUUGCCGUUUACAGUGUUGUGGAAAAUUGGAAAUGACACAAUGAUUAAUAAAUCACCUAAUAUUAUAACAAGUGCCUGGUUCCCACAGCAAGAAAUUUUGGCACAUCCUAAACUUAAAGCAUUUAUAACGCAUGGAGGUGCUCGCUCAUUAGACGAGGCACUGUUUUACGAGGUGCCGAUAGUGGGACUGCCUAUCGUACGAUCUAGAAAGGUAUUCAUGAAAGAAAUGACACGCUUUGAUACCGGAGAAAUUUUAGAUAUAUAUUCGUUGGAUAAGGAUAUAGUAAAAGAAGUCGUAUCAAGGGUUGCAACUGAUGAAAAGUACAAAAAGGGAAUGAUCAAAUUGAAGAGUAUGAUUGUUACUCCAAUGAUAUCAGGUCCUGAAAAUGCCGUCUGGUGGACAGAAUACGUUCUGCGAAACGAAGGAGCCAAGUAUCUUAGAUCACCAGCCGUUGGACUCACAUUCUUCAAAUAUUACAUGCUAGAUAUAGCGAGUAUCCUGCUUUCAAUAAUAACUGUUUUCUUGGUCGCAACCUACUACAUAAUAAAGGCAAUAUUUAUGAGACUUCGAAAUCGACUUUUUGGAAGCAGGAAGUUAAAGUUGAAAUCUUCGUAGUAUAAUAAUAUUAAUUAAAUCAUUAUUAAUAAUAAUUAUUAUACAGUUUUUAUAUUUUUAAACUCGAUUUAUUUAAGCUAUAGACCGUAGAAUUGCGAAUAUUUUUAUUUGGUUCAUAUAAAUAAAUGUAUGAAUACCUACCUAAGUCAUUAUUCUUUUUAAUUAUUGAAAUAAGUAUAUUCCAAAAUUUGAAAUAGGUAACAAAAAAUCAGACACUUGUUUUACCAUUGUAACUUUUUCGAUAAAAUAUGUAUUUAAUUAUUCGGUUUUUAAACUUUGUCGUUAGCGAACACUCUCCCUAAGGCAAUAUACUUGUUUUUCUUUAUUAUUU